AUGACAGUGGUUAUUGUCGGUAGUGGGCCAGUGGGCCUAUGCACUGCGCUAUCGCUGCAACAGUCACUUGAAGACGACACCAAAAACACACCUGUGUCGAUCGAGGUUCACGAAAAAGCAGCUUCUAAUCCAAAAGCACGACGAACAGGCUAUAAUUUGAACGUCACGAUCUGUGAGCGAGGACUUCGGGCCCUGCGGUACGUAGGUGUAGCCGACGAGGUCAUAAGACAAAGUACCGUUGUCGUUGGUGUGGCUGUCCACACUCAGCACGGUGGAGUGAACGUAUUCCCGUAUGAUACGCCUGGUGUCACUGAACCUCACCAGAGCAGUGGAUGUGCUAAAGGAGAUACCGAUAAUAAGUGUGACCCGGAUGGCGGUUGCGCGGUGGGUCAUAGAGUGCUGUUCAGUAUCUCCAGACAUCUGUUGGUGUGUAUAUUACGUCGACGUGUGGAGAUGAAAGGCAUUGAUAUUGUAUACGGAUCUAAAUUUAUAUGCGCGCAAGAGGACGCGGCGUUUGCGGCUAACGAUGUACAUUCUUCUGCAAGCGAUUCACACCCACAGCCCAGGCAUCGAACCAUGUCCGCAAUAUUUGAAGUAAGUGAGUCAACAGCCACACCCACGAAAUCUUACUCUGCCACACGCGUAGUAGAAGGAAUCACUUUGUUGGUAGGAGCAGAUGGAGUGCAUUCACGAGUCCGCGGGUGCCUAUGGGGUACCAAACACUUACGGAACACACAAGCCUCCAAGUAUGCUCAGACCCAUCAGCAUGUCACGAUAGUCAGCGGAGGCUAUCCCAAUUUGAACACGACGAGAUCAGCUCACAAUGUCAGCAACGAAACCGGAAAGCGCAGCAAAGUAGAUAUAAAGGAUAUUUGUAGUCGCCGGACAGGUGCAAGACCGUCUGUUGUUUAUACGCACGAUGUUGGGUACAGGGAGGUAGUCUUAGCCGGCAAACUUCAAGCUGGAAGCACUUAUCGAAAUCAUCUGCAAAUAUGGUGUGGUGUAAAGGGGAUCUUGUUGAUGCUGCUACCGGUUAAGGAAAGAACUGACACACACAUAGGUGUAUACGCGCCACUCUCGUACCUUGAAACAGUCUCGGCCUCUACAUUGAACCAGGACAUGAUAACAUGCGCGCCUGAACUAGCAGACCUCUCGGUCGGGCCGAUGGGAUUGAUUGAAAGCACACAAUUCGGGUCAUUGCACACUGUUGUAUGCGAAAGCAUUGCGCAAAAUGGGGUCAUCUUAGUAGGAGACGCGGCACAUGCUAUGCCUCCUUUCCUGGGUCAGGGAUUGAAUUCGGGAUUGGAUGAUGCUUAUCUUUUGGCGCAGACAAUAUCUAGCAAGGCAAAAGAGAAAAACGGGCUUUCAGAUGAAAUGCUUAUGGCCUUCUCCAAGAACAGGAUACAAGAUCUUGAGGUCAUCCUACGUAAAUCCCACGCAUUGAUGCAUGUCUACUCCGAUGAAGCGGUCUGGGGCGGCAAUAAAAUUCAUGAAGCUGCAGAUACAUCGACAAAAGUUAUGGCGCGUGAAUUUCGAACCAAUGGGAGCUUUUUUGAGCAAAUCGCCUUCACUUCAAAAGGGUAUCUGUCAGCUCUCGAGGACAGUGGUGAGGCACUCCCUGCACCCAUAUCACUCAUAGGAGAUCUAAGUGGUACAAGCGAGCAUAUACCCAUCACCUCUGUCGCUGAGUCGGAUCGGACCCGGCCUGUAGCCAUAGGCGAUCAUGUAGCUAUAGGUCAGGUGCUGUAUCAAACAGAGCUCGUGAAGACAACGGUUCGGAUUCUGGCGGACAAGACCGGCGUUGUAACACACAUACAUCGCACGGGCGAGAACGAGAUGAAGAACAAUCUUCCCAAAUUUGUGAUUGAUGGCACUAAACAAGCAUAUGCAACCCCUAAAACGACGACUGAUCAGGGGUUUGUGACCCACGAUGCACAGCCUUCCGUAGAUCUUGCUCCGGGCACCUUCAACAAAUCUCUAUUCUUGACGACGCUACGCACAGAACAACUGGGGCGUCAACUAACAAGUGCACGCUGCAGCACGUCUACUAUGGAGAUGGCGAGAGAUGUCGCAAGUGGAUCUAUGUCUGGCGGAAGAUGUCAUGGCCACCUUUGCGUUGCUGAUACCAUGUCCAGCGGACGUGGGCGGAAUGGAAAGCAGUGGCGAUCUUCUAUCGAAGGAAAUCUUUACACGACUCUUAUCAUCAAGAAACCCGUCCAAGACGCUGUAUUCUCGGAGGCCGAUCUGUGCUCUUUACAAUUUGCUGCAGCUGCUGCAGUGGUUGCGGUACUGCGGAAAAUGGGCGCCAACGCUCUAAUAAAGUGGCCUAAUGACAUAUGGGUUAGUGGGAAGAAGAUAUGUGGUAUCUUAGUAGAAGCUGAUUGUAGCAAUACAAAGCGUGACAAGGAAGAUGGGGACUCGGUGGUAUUUUACGUUGGCAUAGGAGUUAAUCUGAUCCAAAGUAUGUCUUUCGCAUAUGGCUGCAACGAGAUAGUGGAGAACAUGCUUAAUAUGACUAAUUUGGCAACCGGCUUGGGAUAUAUACUCCCGACCAGGGUGAAUGACGUAAGCAGAGAGAUAUUUCUUGCAGAACUAUGUAAUGAAUUUGAGCCCCUAUGGACAUUACGAUUGCACGAUGUUAUUGCUUUGCACUACAGCUCGUUUGACUUGCUUGUGGGCAGAAAAAUCAGGGUGAGGUUUAAGAAUGGCAUGGAACGCGAAGGUAUGGCGAGGGGUAUUGAUUCAGUUACAGGACAACUUAAAAUGGAAAGAUGCAAUGAGAAUUGCGGAGGCGAGGACUGCGAGUCGAAGACUAUUAACUAUCGUGCACACUCUGAGGUAAAAUCGGCGACAAAUCAGCAGAGACUCUGCUUACGUGAAGUAGUCCUGGUAGAUAGCAGCUUUGCAUCCGUACGACCAAUACCGCUCGAAACAGUGUAUAUAUAUUCGUCGGAUUCCACUUCUAAACUUGGGGUCGAGCUGCUGUUGCGCACUUUUGCGCGCGUAUGUGAUACAACUGAAUACAGUAUCAAAUCAAUAUCUCCAGAAGAAUUAUGCUUAGGUGCGUGGAGGGACGAUGCUGCAGCGCUAGUCAUCGGAGGUGGUGCUGACUUGGGUUAUUUGCGCGAGCUCAGCGCUACGCAAUGCGGCGCUGAGGUUUCUGAUGGUAAAGCGAAACCGGACGGUAUCGAAAUAAUUAGAUCCUAUGUGCACGCCGGCGGUGUGUAUAUCGGAGUUUGUGCCGGAGCUUACAUGGCCUGUGGACGAGUCCUGUUUGACGAAGGGGGUGCGUUAGAAGUGGUUGGGAAUCGACCUUUGAAGUUCUUCACCGGAGACUGUGUCGGUCCGGUGGUAGGCGAGUAUGACUAUUCUAGCGAGAAGGGAGCAAGGGCCGUCAAGAUCACGUGGACUGAGGGCGAUGGCGAACGCGAUGAGAAAGGUGCGAGAGAGAAUACGCCAGAAAGCGACCAGAGUGCGUUUGUGUACGUGAACGGGGGAGGUGCCUUUCUGGUUGCAUCGCCCUCCGACGCAGGUGAUGAGGAUACAGACCGAACCAAUCUCAAUCGCAGUAUCCCUAAAAGCUACGAGGUCCUGGCACGUUACGACUCUGAACAAAUACAGCCAGCCUACAAGGGCUCGGCGGCAAUCAUAUUCGCUCGCACGGAUGAGCCAACCACCAACGGGGACAGUGGCAAAGUUCUUCUGAUGGGUCCACAUCUGGAAUUUCAUCCCGAGUAUUUGAAUGCAGAUGACGUGUAUCUUAGUCGUCCGAACUGUCUUCCACGGCUCCAAAAAUCUGCAAGGCAAUCUGACAGACUGCUUCAAAGGUUGCUCGAAGACAAAUGCGGCCUCAAGGUCUGA